UCGCUCCUCCAACCCCAAGAAAAGUCCCCACAAUCGCCUCUCCAUCCCCGACCCCUUCAAAGGACCCGACUAAAGCCCCAAAGCCGUGAGCCAGGUGGGGGUUCCUUGGAGGCAGGUCAGCCUGUUCUCCCUGCCUGCAGCUCACCUCUCAGGAGAAGAGCACACACAGGCGGCGGUGGCGAUGGCCGAAGGCAGGGCAGACAGAAGCGCCCGACGCCCUGGCCUGAGUGAGGCGGCACAGUGGUUCCCAGCGCAGGCGCAGGGAGCACUCCUGGUGCAGGGCUGGGGUUGAGGGGUCCUCACUGAAUCCCCCUGGGCUCCCCCAUGGCAGCAGUCACUGAGCGGGAAACUGAGGUUCAGAGCGGCCACAUGGGAUGGGAGGGGAGCCAGCGAGGACCCUCCAGGGCACCAAGAUGGCUGACACCAAGGAGGACUCAGGAUAGGACUCAGCUGUCCCUGGGAGCACGCUGCCCCAAGGCCAGAAAUGCACCCACCCCCGCCCCCACCCCGAGAAGGAGGCAGAGCAGAGGGCAGGCACAAGGGCCAGCUCAGGGGGACCAGGGGCUCGGAGCGGGCCGGGGGCAGCCCCCGCGCUCAGCACGGUUGCCUGAGCAUGUACUUGCAGCCGCCCAGCUGCCCCUGAACUAUUUGGGGCAAGAGGAAGAAAACAGAUUGAUGUGCUCUCCCCGCCCCCACCCACUCCAGCCUCGACUAGACUCAGCAUCUGACCUGCCACCCAGGAAAGGAGUUUCAUUUCCCACAGCUGGGUUUCCCAAAAGGGAGGGGAGGGCGGGGUGCCGCUGGGUUUAAGGCCAGCGAGGGAGACGCGGCAGCAGGCAGACCAGCGGAGGGGCCGGAGGAGAGAGGGGUGCGCCUGGGGAGCCCGAGGUGGCGAGGAGGCUGCGGACAGACGGGGCCCCACAGACCCAGAUGGGGGACAGGGAGACAGGGCGGACAGAGGAGAAACAGGGGCAGGACAGGAGCUGGCCAGCCCAGGAUUAGGGGACGCACACGGCCCUAGGGGCGAGGGCUGAGGUGGGAGCUGGCAGCCCCCAGCGGGUCAGGCUGGGGGGACGCAGGCUCCUGUGACAGCAGCCUUGCUUCCCCUCUGACCCAGACACAUCUCCAACCCAGACACAAGAGUCAUGGACCCCUUGGCCUGGCGCCUCCUCGCCCUGGUCCCCGUCUUCCUCAGCCUGGUGGCCUCCCUGGACUGGCAGACGGCCCACAUCUAUGACCCCUUCGAGAAAUGCAUGCACGACCCUGACUACGAGCAGCUGCUCAAAGUCGUGACCUUGGGCCUCAAUCGAACCUUGAAGCCCCGGAGGGUGGUUGUGGUUGGUGCGGGCGUGGCCGGGUUGGUGGCCGCCAAGGUGCUCAGCGAUGCUGGACACAAGGUCACCAUCCUGGAGGCAGACAAUAGGAUUGGGGGCCGCAUCCUCACCUACCGCGACCGGAAGACAGGCUGGAUUGGGGAGCUGGGGGCCAUGCGCAUGCCCAGCUCGCACAGGAUCCUCCACGAGCUCUGCAAGAGCCUGGGCCUCAACCUGACCAAAUUCACCCAGUAUGACGAGAACACGUGGACAGAGGUGAACGAGGUGAAGCUGCGUAACUACGUGGUGGAGAAAAUGCCCGAGAAGCUAGGCUACAAGCUGAACCCCAAGGAGAAGGGCCGCUCUCCCGAAGAAAUCUACCAGAUGGCUCUCAACAGGGCCAUCAAAGAUCUCCGGACACUGGGCUGCAAGAAGGCAAUGAUGAAGUUUGAAAGGCACACGCUCCUGGAAUACCUCCUCGGGGAGGGGAACCUGAGCCAGCCGGCCGUGCGGCUCCUGGGAGACGUGAUGUCCAAGGACGGCUUCUUCUAUCUCAGCUUCGCCGAGGCCCUGCGGGCCCACAGCUGCCUCAGCGACCGGCUCCGGUACAGCCGCAUCGUGGGCGGCUGGGACCUGCUGCCGCGCGCGCUGCUGAGCUCGCUGUCGGGGCCGGUGCUGCUGCACGCGCCCGUCGUGGCGAUUAAGCAGGGCACGCACGAGGUGAGGGUGCACAUCAAGUCCUCGCGCCGGACCCGGAACCUGAAGUCCAUGACGGCCGACGUGGUGCUGCUGACUGUGAGCGGGCCGGCGCUGCAGCGCAUCACCUUCACGCCGCCGCUGACGCGCAAGCGGCAGGAGGCGGUACGAGGGCUGCACUAUGUGCCGGCCACCAAGGUGUUCCUGAGCUUCCGCCGGCCCUUCUGGCACGACGAACACAUCGAGGGUGGCCACUCGAGCACCGACCGCCCGUCGCGGGUGAUCUUUUACCCGGCGCCGGGCGACGGCGCGCUGCUGCUCGCCUCGUACACGUGGUCGGACUCGGCGGCCCCGUUCGCCGGCCGGAGCCUGGCAGAAUCGCUGCGCUUGGCGCUCGACGACGUGGCGGCGCUGCACGGGCCCAUCGUAUACCGACUCUGGGACGGCACCGGUAUCGUCAAGCGCUGGGCGGAGGACCCGCACAGCCAGGGCGGCUUCGUGGUGCAGCCGCCGACGCUCUUUCAAACCGGCAAGGACGAGGGGCGGGAGUACGACUGGUCGGUGCCCUAUGGCCGCAUCUACUUCGCCGGCGAGCACACGGCCUAUCCGCACGGUUGGGUGGAGACGGCCGUCAAGUCGGCUCUGCGGGCCGCGGUCUUGAUCAACAGUCGGAUCUCCGGCUCUGGCUCUAGCAGCCGCCAGAAGGAGCCCCGGAUCAUCAAGAUGGGGCAUGGGCACCUGGCGCCCGCCCACCACCGCCACCACCACCACCGGUGCCCCUUCGAAAGUGGGCAGGGCACCCACUCUCCAGCCUUACAUGCGGUAACCGCCGCGCACUCGACCUCAAAGAAGAGCCAAUAUUAAAGUACUUUUGGAAUCA